AUGGGUUAUAAAAAAUGGGCUAAGAGCGGACUAGAAGAGAAUGACGUGGCUGUGCAAAAUCAACAGAAUUCUGCUAUUAUUAAUGGUGUUCAAAUAUUCUACGAUUCUCUACCAAAAAUGGAGUCCCAUUAUUAUAGAGCAACAGCCUCAAAACUUUACUUGGAACCAAUGUGGACUAGCAAAAGUCAAUUGUACCAAUUCUACAAAUCCAAUUUUUGCAAAAAUCAGAACCAAAAAGCCGUAUCGAUAGCCACUUUUCACAAACAAUUUGAAAAAAUAAACUUUCCCUAUACAUAUAGACCAAAGAAGGAUCUUUGUGAUAUUUGCGUGUCAUUUCAAACAGGGAAUAUUUCGGAAGAUGACUAUAAUGAACAUAUCAAAUUUAAGGAUGAAGCAAGAGCCAAAAAAAAAAUGACGAUAAACAAUCACAGAAUGAUGUAUUUACCAUGGAUCUCCAAUCGGUUAUACUUUGCCCGAAAUCAAAUGUAUCAUCACUCUAUUAUAAAACAAAAUUGA